AUGGGACUCCCUGGAUCCUCUAACGACCAUCGGAAUGGCAUACCGGCAGCAACUGAAGCAGUAGACCGGGAUGUUUUCCCAGUUGUUCCUAACAUCGAAGAACUCCCUCCCGCAGGGACAUUUUCUCAACCAAGUACCGGUCGGCCCCUGGCUUUGGCCAUUCUAAAUGAUCCAUACCCGGGAAAUAUCCAUAUACCCAACCUUCCGGAGUACAAUGGCACCACCGACCCAGAAGAUCAUCUCAGUUCCUUUGAGAUUUUGAUGCCGCUUAUUGGUGCCUCUGAUGCCACCAUGUGCAAAAUAUUACCCGCCACUCUUGGAGGAGAUGCUCGUCAAUGGUACUCUCAGCUUCACAAUGGUAUCAUCAACAACUUCACCGAAUUUUCCACACUAUUCCGGUGCAAGUUUUACGCCCAAAAGCGACAGGCAGUGAGCAUUAAUCAACUCAUGAAUACCAAGCAACGAGAGGGUGAGGCUUUAAAAGCCUAUUAUGCUAGGUACAACACCUUGGCUAUAGGCGUCACUUCCCUCUCUGUUGAAGUAAUUGUCAACACGCUGACACGAGGAACAACAAACAGUCUUCUCCGGGCUUCCCUCAUCAAGAAACCUCCUCGGAGUAUGUUUGAGCUACAAGUGCGAGUCAUGAAAUACAUCGGUCUAGAAGAAGCUUUACAAGAUUCCUCCUAUGUGGUGCCAAAGCGUAGGAGGGAUUCGCCUCCGUCGAACCGAGAAACUUUACAACGCCCCCGCCCAACUUUGGAUAACAUGGCCAAGACUCAAAAAGAUGAUCGCAGAAGGGAUGGACCAUUCCAUUCAGGCCAAAAUUUUACCCCACUCAACAAUCCACGGAGGACUGUUCUCCAGGUCAUUCAAGAUAAAAAGCUUCCGGUGACAUGGGCACCUCGAGGCCGCAUAAAACCAAGAAAAGGAAAGAAUCAAUUUUGUGACUUUCAUCGGGGAUACGGGCAUGACACCGAGCAAUGUGAAAAGUUGGGAAGAUCCAUCGAGGGACUGAUUCAAAAUGGACAACUUAAGCAGUUCAUCCAAAGCUCCAAAGGCCCUGACUCGCUAUAA